AUGGCGUGUGGCCUUGCGCCGAACUUCGUCGGCCUCGUUGUAGCUAGAGCUUUUCAAGGCGUGGGAGCUGCCUUUACCAUCCCCUCAGCUCAGGCACAUAUCGCUAUAUGCUUCCCGGAUCCGGUCAAGAAAGCUCGGGCUCUUGGGUUGUGGGGUGUAGCUGGAUCCGUUGGCUUUAUUGUUGGUCUUAUCCUCGGUGGAGUCUUGACUGCAUUCCUCGGUUGGAGAUGGAUAUUCUGGAUUUCGCUCAUCCUUUCCGGUAUCAUUAUCCCCGUCGCUUUCUUUAUUCUUCCACUAGCCGAGCCAUCAGCUCAGGGCGUUGCAUCAUCGCAGGGCAUCGAAGGGACUGAGCAGCAUGAACCGGCACAAGGUAACCUCUCCCGAAUAGUCAGCAAGAUGAUAGUCCGAUUUGAUCCUGUCGGCGUUAUGUUGAGUAUUUCGGGUAUAUUACUCCUAACCUACGCCCUGACAUCUGCAAAUACUGCGGGAUGGGGUGCAGUACGUAUCAUUGUCCCUCUGGUAAUCUCUGUUCUUCUUCUGGCUGGAUUCAUUUUCCAUGAAUGCCGGCACCCUAACGGUAUAGUACCGCCGCAUCUCUUUAAUUCGACGUCCUUCAACGUCACACUUGUGCUUGCUAUAAACACCUACGCUGUUCGCCAGGCAUGCACGUACUUCCUCACCGUCCAACUCCAGUCCUUUGGCAAUAGCGCCAUUCACACAUCUGUUCUAUUUAUUCCAUUGGGUAUCAGUGCUCUCAUAUUCAACACUCUGUCUGGAUAUUUGGUACCCAUCCUCGGUGCGCGUGUUAUGUUUAUCCUUGGCUGGGCGUGUUCAAUCCCCGGUGUCCUGUUAUUUUCCUUCGUUGACAAAGACACCUCAUACUGGCGCUAUACCUUCCCCGGAAUGAUCCUGUAUAUUGCCGACAUUGGAGCUGUAUAUAUCACGGCAAAUUUCAUCGUCGUGUCAUCGGCUUCCAAGGCUAACCAAGGCGUUGCUGCGGGUGUGUUCAACGUUGCACUACAAGUCGGCGGCUCCGUACUGGGUCUCGCGGUUGUAACCGCUAUUGCACAAGGAGUUCAGCAUAAAUAUGGUGAUCCAUCAACCGAGCACGGUGGCAUCGGCCAUGUCGGCUAUAGGAGUGUUUAUUAUAGCUGCUCCAUUCUGUGCUUCAUUGGAUUGGUGCUCAGUGUGUUUGCCAUCCAAGUACCGGACGCUGCUGCCAAUGGGGAGCGCGAUGUCACCGAGUUAUUCAACACGAUGCAACAUAUUUUUGACACGAAUCCCUCUCUAUUCCGCCGCUAG